CCCGUGCCGCUGCCGGCCCGAAGGAGCGCGGCGCAGGCGCCCUCCCCUCGCCCGGCGCCAUUGCGGCUGCUGGCGGCGAGGCCCGGCCCGGCCCGGCCAUGGCCACCGACUCGUGGGCCCUGGCCGUAGACGAGCAGGAGGCGGCGGCGGAGUCGCUCAGCAGUUUGCACCUGAAGGAGGACAAAGCCAAGCCGGAUUCCAACGGUGCCGUCGUCAAGACGGACGACAACGUCGAGAAGACAGAGGAUGAGGAGAAAGAGGACAGAGCUACCCAGUCCUUGCUCAACAAGCUGAUCCGCAGCAACCUGGUGGACACCACCAACCAGGUGGAGGUGCUGCAGAGGGACCCCACCUCGCCGCUCUACUCCGUCAAGUCUUUCGAGGAACUGCGCCUGAAACCGCAGCUCCUGCAAGGAGUUUAUGCCAUGGGCUUCAACAGACCAUCAAAAAUACAAGAGAACGCCCUGCCCAUGAUGCUUGCCGAACCCCCGCAGAACUUGAUCGCGCAGUCUCAGUCUGGUACUGGCAAGACGGCUGCCUUCGUCCUCGCCAUGCUCAGCCGCGUCGAACCCGGGAACAAGUACCCACAGUGUUUGUGCCUUUCCCCAACAUACGAGCUGGCACUUCAAACGGGAAAAGUGAUCGAACAGAUGGGGAAGUUCUACCCAGAGCUGAAGCUCGCGUAUGCUGUGCGAGGCAACAAAUUGGAGAGAGGUCAGAAGAUCUCUGAGCAGAUUGUAAUCGGCACGCCUGGCACUGUGCUGGACUGGUGCUCCAAGCUGAAAUUCAUAGACCCCAAGAAAAUCAAGGUGUUCGUCUUAGACGAGGCUGAUGUGAUGAUAGCAACCCAGGGCCAUCAGGAUCAGAGCAUUCGCAUUCAGAGGAUGCUCCCCAGGGACUGCCAGAUGCUUCUGUUUUCAGCCACAUUUGAGGAUUCUGUGUGGAAGUUUGCUCAAAAAGUUGUUCCUGACCCAAACAUUAUCAAGCUGAAGCGAGAAGAGGAGACGCUGGACACUAUUAAGCAGUAUUAUGUUCUGUGCAAUAACAGAGAUGAGAAGUUCCAGGCUCUCUGUAAUGUCUAUGGCGCUAUCACCAUUGCCCAGGCCAUGAUCUUCUGCCACACUCGGAAGACGGCUGGCUGGCUGGCGGCAGAGCUCUCGAAGGAAGGCCACCAGGUGGCAUUGCUCAGUGGGGAAAUGAUGGUGGAGCAGCGAGCUGCCGUCAUAGAGCGCUUCCGAGAGGGCAAAGAGAAGGUGCUGGUGACCACGAACGUCUGUGCCAGAGGGAUCGAUGUAGAGCAGGUCUCUGUUGUUAUCAAUUUUGACCUUCCUGUGGAUAAAGAUGGAAAUCCUGAUAACGAGACUUACCUGCACCGGAUUGGGCGCACAGGUCGCUUUGGCAAGCGAGGUCUGGCUAUCAACAUGGUGGACAGCAAGCACAGCAUGAAUAUUCUCAACAGAAUCCAGGAACACUUCAACAAAAAGAUAAACAAAUUGGACACUGACGACUUGGAUGAAAUCGAGAAGAUAACUAACUGAAGUACAGCUGCUGGAACUGGUGUGUACCCUGCUGUGGAAGCUCUCCCACUACAAUUGGAUCAGCGUUCAGAUUGGCAUGCCUCUCAGCUAGUCCCGAAAAGGACUCCUAAGAUAUGAGUACACAAAAAUUACCUCAUUUUAAAAAUUACAGUUGGACUUCAAAAUGUGCAACUGUGGGGAGGAAAUGUUUACAGAAGCUUUUAACAUUUCUUAGUCUAGCCUUAAAAUGGAAAGAUCUUUUGAAUUCUAAGAAAUAGACUUGCCAAAAAUAGGCGAUAUGUAAUUAUCCAAAACUAAUCUGGGAAAGAAAAAAGCUUUAUUGCUUAUAAUUGGAGUAAAAUUCAGCCUAAAUGUGAUCAGUUAAAAUUCAACAGCCAAAUAUAUAAUGGACAUGGGUUAAGGAAAAAAAAAAAAAAAGAAAAACCAGACCAAGACAGCUGUUUUUUGGCUAGAAACUCGACCUGUACAAAAUAGGAUGUCAUUCUCUUUGGCAUUCCUCUGAGCUCUUAAGACUCAUUUCUGGCUUCCUGAUGGAUUUGCCCAGCUUUUUGUUAAGUAAAUUGUCCAAAGGAUGUCUCCAGUAGGUCAGACUCUCUAACACAGGUGCCGUGUUGCUUUCGCUGGGCGGUAUUUUGUUUUACUUUGUCCUGGACUUGUUAGAAUGGCCACUAUACGUAAAGCGGUGCAGUGGUGGCAGUGCUGAAGUAAGUACUCUAGAAGUUCAUCUGAAGCGUUUAACCUUGCCAAACUAUAGGUGGGUAGACGGGGAGGGAGGGACAGUGUGAAGGGAACUGUACUAAUUGACUUUCUGAAUAAAUUCACCUCCGUAAAAUUAUAGUGUCCGCUGGAGUGGGGGUUAGUCGCCUUCGGGCAGGUAGUGCCGGUUCUGAGAUGCUGGGUGAAUCAUGUACACGACUGCUGGACUUCGCUGACCAGUAACAGAAAUAUUUGUCUGGCUUAAAAAAAAAUAAAAAGAAAAUCGUAAUAGCGUGUAUUGACCAAAAAAAAAAAAAAAUACCUUUAGAACACCAAAUUUACAUUUACAGGAUGUUUCAGUAUCAGAGUUUUGAGUUAAAUUGCUCAGCCAAAUUUCAGAGGGGAAGCGCCUCCGCUUUCGUUGUGCUCGUAGCGCAGACCGGCAGGUCAUCAGUCUCUUGCCCUAAGGUGAUCCUCACCAGAGAAGGAAUUCUUGGCGACUUCUGUGGUUUUUAGUUCGGUUGGGACCAUUUUAGCGUGCACAGCUGACAGCCUGCGGGUUGCUGCCCCAGCCUGGUUUCCAGGAGAAGGAGGCUCCUGACCUAGAACUUAGUGGUGCACAGCUCUUGGGGGAAAAUGGGACAUGCGUGAGCAGCCAUCGGCCUGCUACUCAGUGCCGGAAUCACUUCAAAACAAAUGUACAAAUUGUAAAUUUAACUAGGAAUUUACUUUGCAAUUUUGGCCAUCAUAUUCUGUUCAAAGACAGGAACAUGGAUCCUUUUACCAAGUAAAAAAAGGCUCGUUUAAAAUGUACCUAAAAUUUUAGGAAAUUGUGCACCCUUUUAUCAAUUUGUAUAAAGGCUUUAGUGGGGAAAAAAAAAAAACUGUUAAAAUUAAACUUUUUGUAUUCUGGGGUGUAUCUAUUUUUAUUCUGUUGGAAACCUAUUUAAAGUGGCAGGUGAGUGAGUGCUUGCGUGCAGAGUGGAAGACGUUUCAAUCACCUACUUUAAUAGUACAGCUGAAUGACCUCGCGACAGCAGUGCAUCGGGUUGAAUUGUCACGGAAGCUGCUGCUGGUCCUGUGUGCUGUUUCUAAUGUACUUUUAAUUGGAAUAAAGAACACGUACCGA